AUGACAACCACGGAGGAAAGCCAUAUUAGCCAUGACGCAUCCCUGGAAAAGAACAAAUUGGAUGUAUACCAUGAGAAUCAGCCCCUGGCGGUGACGGAAGGGGAGGCAUUCGCACGAGCAAGAAAUAGCCCAGAAGAGGCGUUGCCACUGUGCACAACCUUUCGCACAACGAUCGCGAAAACCCACGAUGUUGGCCAAAAUGGCGAAAAUGGUAAAUCACCGUCAUGCCUCUGUGCAGCACUGGAAUUCAUUAGAGCGUGGUGUACAGGUAGUAUACCGUCCGGUACGCCGGCUAUCCAGUCGGAAUUUGGGGUAUCUGCGGAGGUCACUACAUUAUGCCUAUCGCUUUAUGGGCUACGUUAUGCUGUCGGUCCUGCCCUACUCGCCCCUCUAUCCGAGUAUUUUGGCCGCCAGCCUGUGUAUGUCGUAUCGUGGUUCCUCCGAUUCAGCUUUCAGCUUCUGAUGGCGCUCGCACCGAAUAUUGGGACUAUCAUCGUGUGCCGAUUUCUCGCCGGUUUUGCAGGCGGGGCUCCGUUGACCAACACUGGCAGAUCAAUCAGUGAUCUAUGGGAGAGGAACACGAGUGGUGGGCCAAUGGCUAUCUAUGGCCUGAGCAGCACCUUCGGACCACCGAUGGCACUCGUAGUCAGUGGGUAUAAGGCCCUCGACCUCAUCACCGAUGCCAGUGCGAGCGGGCGAAAGGGGUUAGAUGAGCUGUUUAAGAUUACCCUCACUCGUCUAUUUUGCUUCGUAUCCACCAAAUCCAUCACGACAUUCUCUGCAUUUUAUAACGGCUCCCUCUGCGGUCUGGUCUACCUUUUCAACGAGGUCUCCCCCCUUGUUUUCGGUCCUAGGAAGGGCCACGGCUUCAAUGUCGGCCAGCAGGGUCUCGCCUUCCUCGGCAUGGCCAUCGGCCCGACUAUCGCAUUCUGCUUCUAUCCCCUGCAAGAACGAUACUACCUGCGUCGAGUCAAAGAGCACGAGGGCAAGGGUGCCCCAGAAGCACGCCUGUGGAUGGCCCGACUGGGUGCGAUCCUCAUUCCGAUCGGCCUUUUCUGCUAUCAGACUUAUUCCGCGUCGGCUCUAGCGGGCGUGAUCCUUGCGAGGAAUUUGGUUGGCGCUGAAUCUCCUUUGCUCGCGGCGCAGAUGUAUGAGCGCUGGGGCUAUGAGUGGGCGUCCAGCUUGCUAGGCCUUUUAGCUAUCUUGUUGGUGCCUAUUCCUUUCAUCUUCUUCUACAUGGGGAGGGCUAUCCGGUUGAGGAGUCCGUGGGCGAGGGAGCAUUUUGAACAGAAUGAGGAUAAUCCUCACUACUAG